UUUUCUUACGUGUCUAACUAACUGCAGCCAUAUUAAUGACGCCAAACACCAGAGGUUAUAUGGAUUUAUUGUCUUCGAGAAAAUGGCCGCUGCCAUACAUCUCCUAAUAUAGCAUAAACGACACGUCUGUCACGGCUAGAGGUGAUGUGAGUGGUAUCUUAGAAGAUAGAGAUGUCUCAUAGAGAGAGACCAGAGAAAUCUCAGGAGAGGCACAGACAUCACAAGAGGGAUGAGGAGAAUACUUUGAGUCCAAGUGGUGGCAGCAGUAGCCAUCAUCAUGGGAAAGAUCACAGCGAUAGGAAGAGAAGAAGAAGCAGCAGCAGUGGUAGUAAUCCUACUACACAGGAAAUACAGAAGAUCAAACAUGUUGAGAUCUUUUAUGAGAAACCGCCCCCGGGAUUAAUUAAGGAAGAUGAGCCAAAACCAGAAGACUGUAUACCAGAUUUGCCUGGGAAUGAGCAUGCCAGAGAUUUUCUUGCCCAUGCUCCAACAAGGGGACUGUGGAUGCCCUUGGGAAAGGAAGUGAAGGUUAUGCAAUGUUGGAGAUGUAAGCAGUAUGGUCACAGAACUGGUGACCGUGAGUGCCCCUACUUUAUAAAAGGCAAUCAUAAGAUUGAGCAGUUCAGAGUGGCUCAUGAAGACCCAAUGUAUGGCCUCAUAAAACAGAACGAGAUUCAAGAAAAACAAAUGAGGAUUGAACAACUGAAAAAACUUCUUGAAGACUCAACAUCUGAAGACAGCAGCGACAGCUCACAUGAUUCCAGAGGAAAGCACAAGAAAAAGAAAAAGAAGAAAGACAAAAAGAAGAAGAAAAAAAAGCGCAAAUCUUCCCACAGAAACUCUGCUUCUGAUUAAGCACCAGUAAAGGAAGCUUGCAGUGUAAAUAAUCUUCUAGAUAAAGCAUUAUGUUGUCUUAAUACAUCGAGAAGAGGCCAUUAGUGCUGUUGCCAGCAGAUUAAGCUAAAAUAUUAUGAAAGUAAACAGGCCUAAAAGUUGCUGGUACAUGUGGUACGUUUAAUGACAUCACUAUUUCAGUAAUAUUUUGUUUCGUGACCAUAUCUGUGUCCAGCAGAAUUUAAGAUCAUUUUACCUCCGAAAGACUUAGAGUCCUUGCUAAGUAGGUUAGUCCUUGUAGGAACACGCCAAUGAUGGGCAAUUGUUUUUAACCAUCGGUAGAAAACCAUCAAAGGCUGGAUGCUGCGGAUGUACACAACAAAGCCGCGCAUGCCCAAACCAGAGACAUCAGACCUCCGCCACUAAUGUGCAGCAUCGCACCUACGACAUCGAUGGUAAAACCAUCAAAUGAAAACUGUCAAUGGUCGAAGGCCAUCCCUAAUGCUCUGUUCUAAAUACUUUAAGCAUUACAAGUGUGAUUUAAAUGUAUUUGUAACUUUGUAAAAUUUUUAAAAUACUGUUUUUGUGUCUUGGAACCUUAUACAAAUUUAUGUUCCAAAAAUUAGACACUUUCCUUUGCUAUUUUGUUUAUUUGAAGUCUAAUGUAUUUAUUUUAUUCUAUAAAACAGUAUUGUGAACAGUUUCAACAUUGUUUUUAGAAAGUUACCUUUGCAGGACCACACUCUUGUUAUGUAGCACAACUAGUACAGACUUUUUUCACCCUCAGAUCAAUAAUGUUUAUGAAGGCAGAAUAAAAUCCUCCAAUUGGGUA